ACUGUAUGCUGUAGAAGAAGACCUAAGGAUACCUUGAUCACUACCUCGACCUCACACUAGUACACAAAAACCUAUUCACCACUAUUCACCAUGGCCACUUCCAGUCAAAUGUCAAAGAAGAGGAAGUUCAUCGCGGACGGAGUUUUCCAAGCUGAAUUGGGAGAAUUCUUCACCCGAGAACUCGCUGAAGAACUCUACUCUGGAUGUGAAGUUCGAGUGACUCACGCCCGAACUGAAAUCAUCAUCCGAGCUGCUCACACUCAAGAAGUCCUCGGAGACAAGGGACGACGAAUUCGUGAACUCAAGGCGUUGGUUGAGAAGCGAUUCAAGUUCCCCGAGGGAUCUUUGGAGCUUUACGCUGAGAAAGUCCAAUACCGUGGAUUGUCAGCCGUCGCUCAGGCCGAGAGUUUGAAGAACAAAUUGUUGGGUGGAUUGGCUAUGCGAAGAGCCUGCUACGGUGUCCUUCGAUUUGUCAUGGAGUCCGGCGCUAAGGGAUGUGAAGUUGUCGUCUCUGGAAAACUCCGAGCUGCCCGAGCCAAGUCUAUGAAAUUCACCGAUGGAUUCAUGAUUCACUCUGGUCAACCCGCUCGAGACUACGUCGACUAUGCCGUCAGACACGUUCUGCUGAGACAGGGUGUGUUGGGCAUCAAGGUCAAAAUCAUGCGACCUUACGACCCCGAGGGCAAGAUGGGACCUGCCAAAAACCUUCCCGAUGCCGUCACCCUCGUCGAGCCCAAGGCCGAGGGCACCAUCGAGAUCCGAUCCGAGCACAAGGAGGCUCCUGUUCAACAGAUUCACCAGCAACACCAACAACAGGCUCAACAGGGUCAACAACCUCAGGAAGGCUACUAGGGAGUGUAGAUUGGAUCUGUACGAUAGCAC